ACUAGCUAAUAUAAGUAAAUAUUGCUAUUUGUUGACUGUCAGUUGUUUAUCGGAGUACAUUGCCACUGGACGUCAUGGCUCGCUGGGAGAAUAUUGAGAGUGUUCAGCUGUUCAGAGAAUAUCUUAGAAUAGAAAGCGUUCAUCCAAAUCCCGACUAUGAGCCAUGUGUGGCGUUCUUCAGGAGAUACGCCGCUAGCCUGGGCCUGCCUAUGAGGGUCGUGGAUGUGGUCCCAGGGAAGCCCGUGGUCAUCAUCACGUGGCAGGGCCUAUGUCCAGAGCUGCCGUCCAUCAUGCUCAACUCACAUAUGGAUGUCGUGCCGGUUUAUGAGGAGCACUGGACUCACCCCCCGUUCUCGGCGCAUCUGACGGCUGACGGCUGGAUCUACGCCCGCGGCAGCCAGGACACCAAGCAGCUGGCUAUUCAGCACCUGGAGGCGGUGAGACGGCUGAUGCAAGCUGGGGUGCGGCUGAGGAGGACUGUGCAUGUUACCAUUGUGCCAGAUGAGGAGAUCGGCGGCGCAGAAGGCAUGCACGCGUUCACGCAGACUCCUGAGUUCCGCGCCAUGAAUGUGGGGCUAGAACUGGACGAGUCCAUGCCGCCCGCCGACCAGGGCGACGACAUCGUGGUGUUCUACGGGGAGAGGACGUCUAUACCGUUCAAGCUGACGGCCCGCGCGGCGCCCUGCCACGGCGCGCUGCUGCCCGCCAACUCCGUCGGGGAUAAGCUCCACUACGUGAUGAAGAAGCUGUUUGAGAUGCGAACUGAGGAGAGAAAGAAACUGGAGUCUGGUCUUCCACUGGGGCUGGUCACCUCCAUCAACCUUACUGUACUGGAAGGGGGAGUCCAGGUGAACGUGGUUCCUGAAAGUCUUUCAGCGAAGUUCGACGUGAGGCUCGCUCCAGAAGAAAACCUCAAAGACUUUCAGAAUAAGGUACUUUAUGUUAUUCGGUGCGCCCACAAUAGCUGCUACAACCUUUUGGUGGAAAAAUAUUUCCAAGAAAAGGGUUAA